GUUUUCUAUCGGUGUUGUUGACUUGCAUAACAACUUGGCGGCUUCUGUUCACAAGCGUCAGAUUUGGACAAUGACAAAACGUUAUUAUUCUUUUGACCGGUGAUGUUUGUGAUAUUAUGGUUGCAGCCAUAUUGCAACCAAUAUGUCACCGAUGUUUAACAGACGAGAAAAAGGCUUGAAUAUUUGGUUAGCAAUGACGAAUUUGUGAGAGGAUGAUUAGUCAGUUAGCUAGCUCAUAAUCAUAACAGGUCUAUGGCUUGUAAACAUGAAUACUGAUCCUACAUGUAGAGAUCAGUGAAAAUGUUGAGCUUUCUUACAGCCAGACAAACUGGUUUGGACGAUCCUGUACGCUUGAGACGAGCAGAAUCAACAAGAAGGGUGCUGAGUUUGGAGUUGAAUCAUGAUAGAGAUGUGGAACGAAUUCAUGGGAAUGGAGUGAACUGUAUUGAUAUUGAAGUGAUUGAAGGGAGAUAUAUGUUAUCAGGGGGUUCCGAUGGUGUAAUUGUGAUCUACGACCUGGAAAACUGCAGCAAGAAGUCACAUUACACUUGUAAAGCAGUUUGUACUGUAGGCAGGUCAAAUUGUCAUGUGCACAAGUUCAGUGUGGAGACAGUUCAGUGGUAUCCUUAUGACACUGGGAUAUUUGUAUCCAGCUCAUUUGACAAAAGCAUGAAAGUUUGGGACACAGAAACACUCAAGCCAGCUGAUGUGUUUGAGUUUGAUGGGAAUGUCUACUGCCACCACAUGUCUCCUAUUGCCAGGAAACAUAAUCUCAUAGCAGUUGGAACCAAAGACCCAAAAGUUCAGCUGUGUGAUCUGAAGUCUGGUUCUCGCAUCCACAUCCUACAGGGUCACAGAGGAGAGAUUCUCUCUGUCCAGUGGUCCCCGCGCUAUGAGCACAUCCUGGCCACUGCUAGCGCUGAUGGCAGGGUGCGUAUGUGGGACGUCCGGCGAGCUGCUGGAAGCCUCUUUACUUUAGAUCAGUACAAUGGGGACAAGUCUAAAGCGUCUUCUGAAGCAGUGAACACGGCCCAUAAUGGACGUGUGAACGGCUUGCGCUUCACUGAUGAUGGCCUUUAUCUCCUGACCACUGGCACAGAUGACCGUAUGCGCCUGUGGAACAGUGCCACAGGCCACAACACGCUGGUCAACUAUGGAAAGGUGGUUAAUGAAAGCCGGAAAGGAGUGAAGUUCACUGUGUCGAGAGGCUGCAGCCCAGAGUUUGCAUUUGUGCCAUGUGGCAGCUCCGUUACAGUGUACAGCCUUUACACAGGAAAGCUAGUGACGACAUUAAGGGGGCAUUACAAUAAUGUGGACUGCUGCGAGUUCCACCCGGACUAUCAGGAGCUCUACAGUGGUGGGAAGGACUGUAACAUCUUGGCGUGGGUUCCUGUGCUGCGUCAACCUGAUGUCGAAGACGAGGGAAAAAGGGGUGGAGACCAAGCUGCAGUAAAUCCUGCAUUUGAAGAUGCCUGGAGCAGUGAUGAAGACUGAUUAAGACAAUUACAAUUACACUCGUACAGCAUUGCAAUGUCAGUGUGCCUCAGAGGUCCUGUUUCUUUUAGUUCAACAGUUUUUAACUGCAGUGCCAACUUUAACUUACCAGCCUAACAUACAAAUUCCAGACCUCUGCACUCUAAGAGACUUUGGGUUUAACUUGAAUAUGACAAACCUGGAUUUAGAGAUGUGCUCGGGACCAUUUUUCCUCCUGUUCCCACCCACUUCUGAAGGAAUUCUGACUAAUCCCAGCAGCUUCCUCAGAAAGUUUGACCAAUCUUGACAACUCCUGAAAAAGCUUUCAUCAAUCUCACUCACUCCAAUAGAAUCUCUGACCAAUCCUGCCCACUCCCACAGAAGGUUUGAAAAAUUUCCACCUAUUCCCACAUACAGAAGAUCACAAGUUUGAUCAAACCCACCUGCUCCCGCCGAUACUCUUGACUAAUCCCACCUGCUCCUGCAGAAGGUUUUACAAAUCCCACUCACCGCCAGAGACACAUUUGACUAAUCCCUCCCAACUCCCGCAUAAUGUUUGACUACUCCCACCCACCUUCUUGACUAAUCCCACUUACUACAACUAAAUGUUUGAUUAAUCCUGUCCAUUCUCACAGACACGCUUGAUCAAUGCUUACAGAAAUUUUGACUAAUCCCCCUCAUUCAUGCAAAACAUCUUUAUCAAUUACAAAGUACCGUGGAAUUUCUGACUAAUCCUGUCCACUCCCAUAGUAAGAUUGAUAAAUCCUACCUGUUCCUAUAUAAAGGUUGACUAAUUCUACUUCAGAGCUGGAACUACUAAACCGCCAGAUCCUGCACAUUUUUUAUUGGGAUCCACAGGAUACCAGUCUCGAUUCAUACGUCUGCCCGCUCUUCCUUAUUCAUAUAUUCCUGCAGUGGUUGUCAGCAAGUGUGGUCAAAAAGUUAAUCUUCACCCACCAUCUUCAUUUGCAUGGUGUGACCUGAUGCAACAAACUACUGGGACUGUUCUAUAAGAAGCCUUUGACCUACAUGUGGCCUGCAAUUUCAUCAGUUGAAUUCAACUUAAAGACUUAAGAUGUUUUGUAUUUAUUUUAUGUACAUGCAUUUCCAUUUUAUUUCCCAAUAAAUGGAAUUAUUUCUA